AUGUCUGACUCAGAGCUUCUGCUUCUGUUUCUUCUCCCUUCAAUCCUAUCACUUCUUCUCUACUUCAUUCUCCUACGCAGAAAAACAGCAAAUAAAUUUAAUCUUCCGCCAGGCAGAAUGGGACUACCGUUCCUCGGAGAAACCAUCGCUUAUCUGAAACCGUACUCCGCUACUUCAAUCGGAGAAUACAUGGAACGACACAUAUCCAGGUACGGGAAGAUAUACAAAUCCAACUUAUUCGGCGGGCCGACGGUGGUUUCUGCAGAUCCUGGAUUGAAUAAAUUCAUACUACAGAAUGAAGGAAAAUUAUUCCAAUGCAGCUAUCCGAAAAGUAUGGGUGGAAUUCUUGGCAAAUGGUCUAUGCUUGUUCUUGUUGGAGACAUGCACCGAGUCAUGAGAAAUAUUUCUGUUAAUUUUCUGAGUCACGCCAGGCUUAAGACUCAGCUCAUUCGAGAUGCAGAGCAGCAUACUUUACUUGUGCUUGAUUGUUGGAAAGAUAACUCUAUAUUUUCAGCUCAAGAUGAAGCUAAGAAGUUCACCUUCAAUUUGAUGGCGAAACACAUAAUGAGCCUGGAUCCUGGAAAAGCAGAGACUGAAGAGUUGAAGAGAGAGUACAUUACAUUCAUGAAAGGUGUGGUUUCUGCUCCUAUAAAUUUUCCUGGAACUGCAUACAGAAGAGCCUUAAAGUCGCGGUCGACCAUUUUGAAGUUCAUAGAGAGGGAAAUGGGGGAGAGGAAAUGGAAAAUGAAGAAAAACUUGGAAGAAGAAGAAGAUGAUGAUGAUCUUCUUGGUUGGGUUAUGAAGAAUACGAAUCUUUCGACUGAGCAGAUUCUUGAUUUGGUUCUGAGCUUGCUAUUUGCUGGACAUGAAACUUCUUCAGUAGCUAUAGCUUUAGCUAUUUACUUCUUGCAAACUUCUCCUGAUGCUAUUCAUCAGUUAAGGGAAGAACACAUAGCAAUUGCAAGAGGCAAGAAGCAAUCAGGAGAGGAUGGAUUAAAUUGGGAUGAUUACAAGAAAAUGGAAUUUACUCAAUGUGUUAUCAAUGAGACACUUAGGCUUGGAAACGUUGUGAGGUUCCUUCACAGGAAGACUCUCAAAGAUGUUCACUAUAAAGGGUAUGACAUUCCACGUGGAUGGAAAGUGCUACCAGUGAUUGCAGCCGUGCAUUUGGAUUCUAGUCAUUUUGACCAACCUCAACGCUUCCAUCCAUGGAGAUGGCCGCACUCGAAUAGCACAAGCACAAAUAACAAUUUGUAUAUGCCAUUUGGUGGAGGACCACGCCUAUGCGCCGGAUCAGAAUUGGCGAAAUUAGAGAUGGCAAUUUUCAUGCACCAUUUGGUUCUCAAUUAUGAGUGGGAGCUGGCUCAUAAUGAUCAACCCUAUGCUUUCCCUUUUGUUGAAUUUCCUAAAGGCUUACCAAUAAGGGUCAGGCACCACAAGUUCAUAUAAUUAUAUAUACCAAAAAUAAACAACAAAGUAUACCAAAUAAAAAUAAAGUCCACAUAAUUGUUGUAGACCUCAUUCCCAAUUUUAGAUAUAGAUAUAGAUAUACUAUUAGAUAUACACACACAACAAUUAAGAUUAUUCUUCAUUUGUAUGUCAAACAUUUGCUUAGUAUAUGAGUUGUUUUGACAUUUUAUGUAGAAAAAUAAGUGAUUUUGACAUUUGUUACAGAAAAUUGAAGAUGUAAUAAUUAUUCGAACAAGCAA